AUGGCACAGGUUGGUGCAAAAUCGCCUGCAACUACUGCAGAUGGGUUCAACUCGAGAAUUUUGUGGCCCGACAUGAUCAAAACCCCCGACAACAAGUGGGUUUGCACCUGCAAAGAAAUUGUGGACCGCUUGGGAACAGAUCCCCAUGUAGCCGGAGAGCUCAAACGAAGAAUGGAGAAAUGUUUGAUGUACUUUUAUGUCAUGAAAAAGCAGUUAAAGUUAUUUGACCAUACUUAUACCGCCGCUUGCAUUCUAUUUUUCCGGUACUGGUUCGUCUUCGGGCUACCGCCUGCAUUAACGGACUGUAUCCACCUUUCACAGGCGCUGCUAGUGACUGCAUGCAAAACAGUAGAGAACAAUAGGCCUAUUGACGUUUAUGUGAAAGGUACCUGUGAGUUUUUACUGAGGGAUAUACCAACUUCGCGCGGGAGACAAAACAUCGAAAAACUCAGAUGGGAGCUGAGAGACAAGCUGGUAGGAUACGAGAAACGGAUCUUGUGCCAAAUGGGAUUUGAUCUCAAUCUGCAUAAUCCCAAAGAGUUAAUAGAAGAGAUUUUCAGUGGCUUUUUCCGUUACAACAGAGAUUUUCAAAUGAGCGAAGGAUUUACUAAAGUCUUUCCUAAAAUAAUUCAGGAUGCCCGUAAUUUUAUCAUACAAGCGGGAACCCAGCCAGUCUCUUUACUUUGCGAUGGCUUCACUUUCACAGCACUAUCUCUUGUAUUCUGUGGCUUACAAUAUAAGAAACAUGUGGACUCCUCUUUCAAGUUUCCAAAGAAUUUCUUCACCGACCGCUUCCCCUUCAGGGUUACAACACAGCUGUUUGUGGAACUUCUCACAGAUUAUCGAGUCUUGGAAGAGAACUUUUUCGACUUGAAAAGCAACAAGGGAGGCAAGCUUCAAGUUUCGCUGGAGGAAAUGGAGUCCUUGCUUGAUGAAGAUCCCCCAAGUGAUGAAACGCUUGUGAGUGAUUACAGCACGUAUGUUUAUGAAGAUAUAAAGGAUGGUGUUGUAAGGGAAGAGCUGCUCAAACACAUCGAGGCGCGAGUGAACGAGUUAACCGAGAGAACCAUAGCCCAAAGUGAGACUACUGAAAAAAGGACGAUUGAUAAUCUUAGUUCUGCCGAGAACCCCAACAAAAAACAGAAAAAUAAAUAG